AUGACUCGUCAUGGAAAAAAUUCAACUGCUUCAUCAGUCUAUACCUAUGCAGAAAGACAACGAGAUAAGAAGGAAAGUAAAUAUGGAUUAAUUAAAGCUAGAUUGGGUGCUGAUAGUGUUAAUAGUUUUGAUUGUUGUGCUUUGACAUUACAACCUUGCAAAAAUCCUGUUAUAUCCCCAGAUGGAUAUAUUUUUGAUAAAGAAGCUAUUGCCUUAUACUUUGAAAAACAAAUCAAAGAAAAUAAAAGAAAAAUGAAAGAAUGGGAAAAAUACAUUAAAGAAAUUGAACAAUCAAAGACAGAAAAUGAAGCAAGUAAAGAACUUGAAAAAAAAGUUGAACUUUUUGAAAAAUGUCGCUCUAAUGGAACUGGUACUUUUCAAGAGGAACCUACAACUUCUAAUUUGUCAGUUAAACGUAAACAUAUUGCAGCAGAUUCUGAUGAUGAGAUUGAAUCUGAAUUUAAAAAAAAGAAAAAUAAAAUAGAAAAAAGUAAACAUUCUGAAGAGAAAAAUACAACAAAUCCUUCAUUUUGGAUUCCUGAACUUGCACCAUCAGCUGAUAAAACAUAUGUUCAAAAACCAAGUAAUAAAGUUUUGUGUCCUGUUACCAAUAAACCAUUAAAAUUUAAACAUUUACUUGAUGUUACCUUUACUGAAAUUCCUGAUGAUCAUAAAAGUAAGGAACAACAUAUUGCUGGUAAAAAAAUUCGUUACAUGUGUCCAAUUACCCAUGAUUUAUUGACAAAUACAACUAAAUGUGUUUAUUUGAAAACUUCUAAACAUAUUAUAACAAAAGAAUGUUAUGAAAAAGUAAUAAAAAAAGAUAUGAUAGAUCCAAUAAAUAAUAAAAAAUUAACAGAAAGUGAUGUAAUUGAAUUAAAACUAGGAGGAACAGGUUUUUCGGCAACUAACAAUCUUGUAGCCCAAAUAAUGACACCAGCAAUGCAGGCAGGUUAA